AUGGCGAACACAAACCCCUCCCAACCGCAAUCAUACGUCGAGAUGCCGCAAGGCGAAGUUGAAGCUAUUGGCGCACACUGCCAACUAGAAUACUGCCAUGUCCUUGACUUCCUGCCGUUCAAAUGCCAGAGCUGCAAGGGAACCUUCUGUCUCGACCACCGGAGCGAAUAUGCACACAAGUGCAUCAACGAAGGCGCCUGGGCUAGAGCACGAACAGAACAGGCUAGGACAUCGUCCGUACCUUCGAAGCCCUCACUGUAUACCCACGACCAGCAAUGCUACGACAAGUCGUGCAAGACGCUCAUCAACACACCGCGCAUGCCAGCGAACCAGUGCUCGUCAUGUAACCGCUCCUACUGCCUCAAGCAUCGCAUGCCCGAAGAUCAUGACUGCAAAAACGUACCGCGGCGCGGCGCGACUGCCCCAAGUGCAAGACAGCAGACGAUGAGCGCCCUAUCGAAGCUGAAACUAUGGGCAGAGAACAAGAGGAAUGAGGAUGCGAAGCGGAGAAGUACACCGAAGAAGUCAGGCGGUUUCCUUGGACUGGGCAAGAACUCGAGUGCUGCGGCCUCGGCACAAUCCGAGCUCAAUAUGUUGAAACGCACAGCGAAAGGCGAGGCAAGCGUACCGCAAGAGAAGCGAAUAUACCUGCACGUCGAAGCUUCCGCCGACACAACCAAGGCGAAAUUCCCAACCGGUAAAUUCUUCUACAAUAAAGAGUGGACGGUGGGACGGGUGCUAGAUAUGGCGGCCAAGAGUUUGCAGGUCCAGAACGUCAACAACCGCGGUGGAGGCGAGGAAGAGAAACUACGCGUAUUCCAUGUCGAGGGUGGACGGUUACUGAAGUUUGCCGAGAAGAUUGGGGAGUCGUGUACUACUGGGAAUAUGAUAGUGUUACUUCGAGGGGUGGGAGAUGGCGAGCCCGAUUUGAUUGAUCUAUGA